AUGGCACACAUAUUCGCCAUCGCGCCCACCGUCAAGGGCUACACCAACGGCCGCCUGACCAAACCAGGAGAGGCAACCACGUUCCCAGAAACCCAGGUCUUCAGCGGCUUCAACAAGCCGUCCCGCUUCGAGGGCGACGUCUUCGACCUCGAGGUCACGGGGACGAUCCCCAAGGAGAUAAAUGCGACCUUCUAUCGCAUCCAGCCGGACCACCGGUUCCCGCCGCUGUUCGAGGACGACGUGCACUUCAACGGGGACGGCUCCGUCACGGCGAUCCGCAUCGCCAACGGCCAUGCGGACUUCAAGCAGAGGUACGUGCAGACGGACCGGUACAAGGCCGAGACGGCGGCUCGGCGGAGCCUCUUUGGCCGGUACAGGAACCCGUUUACAGAUAACGAGAGCGUCAAGGGGGUCAUCCGCACAGCCAGCAACACCAACAUUACCUUCUGGCGGGGAAUGCUGCUCGCAACUAAGGAGGAUGGCCCACCAUUUGCUAUGGACCCCGUGACUCUCGAGACCCUGGGCCGGUAUGACUUUGAGGGCCAGAUCAAGGCGCCGACGUUCACCGCGCACCCAAAGUUCGACCCCGACACGGGCGAGAUGAUUUGUUAUGCUUAUGAAGCAGGAGGGAACGGAAAUGAUGGCUCUCUCGAUAUCAUCAUGUGGACGAUCGAUGCGGAUGGCAAGAAGACCGAGGAAGCGUAUUACAAGGCGCCGUUUGCCGGCAUGAUCCAUGACAUAGGAUGCAGCCCGAAUUAUGUGGUAUUGCCGUUGACGCCUCUCAAGGUCAAUAUGGACAGGAUGAAGAGAGGAGGCGAGAAGUUCUCGUGGGACCCGAACGAGGACCAAUGGUAUGGUCUUGUGCCUAGGCGAAAUGGAAAGCUCGAAGACGCCAUUUGGUUUAGAGCCGAUAAUGCUUUCCAGGGCCACAUCGCAGGCUGCUACGAGAACGAAGACGGCCACGUCGUGGUGGAUUUGACCGUCGCCGACGGAAACGUGUUCUUUUGGUGGCCUCCUGAUGAGAAUAUAACGCCCACGCAGCCAGGCAAGGUUUCCAAGCGGGACCAGCUCAACAGCCAGACGACGCGCUGGAUCCUCGACCCAAAGGCGAAGACCAACACACGCAUCACGCCCGCCUUUGUGUGGAAUAUAAACGGCGAGUUCAGCCGAAUCGACGAUAGGUGGGUUACCCGGCGCUAUCGACACUUCUGGCAAGCAAAAGUCGACCCGUCGAAACCGUACGACUUCCAGAAGUGUGGCCCUCCCGCGGGCGGUUUGUUCAACAGCCUCGGGCACUACACCUGGGACCCGGACAACGAGCUCGCGAGCGGCGAGGAGGACACGUACUUCUUCGGGCCGACGUCGACGGUCCAGGAGCCGAGCUUCAUCCCCAAGAGCGAUGACGCCGCCGAGGGCGAGGGGUACCUGAUCGCGCUCGUGAACCGGCUCGACGAGCUGAGGAACGAUGUUGCUAUUUUCGACGCGCAGAAUCUAUCGCAGGGCCCGCUGGCCGUGAUUCACCUGCCGCUGAAGCUGAAGCUGGGCCUGCAUGGCAACUUUGUCGACCACCGGGAUAUCGAGGCGUGGCAGAGGAGGAGGGAGGCUGGCGGGGAUGUUGGGCCUGUCAAGAUCGCUACUGAGCCGCUUCCGUGGCAGAAGGAACUUGCGAAUGGGGCUGUUAACGGGCAGAAUGGUGCUAAUGGCUCGCAUUGA